AUGCUCUCACGUGUUGCUGCAGUGAUGGCACCCCGCACACACAACCGUCGCCGCGUGACCGGAUCCAGCGGCAGGAGGAGGGAGGGAAGAGAGAGUGAGCCGCAGAGGUCCAACAUGUCCCGGCGUGUGUUUAAUUCCACGGUGCUGCUCCUCCUCGUCGUGUUGAUGUGCUCCGCCACCUGUGGAGCUACAGCUGCAACGGAGAAUGAUGGCAACAGUGAUUUAAGAAGUGUUGAGGGGCUGCAAUGGGUCGAUCUAUUUGUGCCGCAGACGACGCCGGUUCUGCCGGAAGGUGGAGGUACUCCAGGGACGAAGCGGGAUGCAUUUGUUUCACCCUCUCUUGUCAGUGCUGGUGGAGUAAUUGCUGCUUUUGCCGGAGGUCACAUGAAUGCCCAAUAUGACAGUGAUGUAUUAAUUAAGCCACUUUCUUCUGAUGUUGUUGCGGAGUACAUUGACUCUUCGUGGGAUUGGUCCACUCUUGUUGAGAAGGUGAGUGAAAGUACAUGGAGGGCACACACCGUGCUUGAUACAACGGAUGGAACGAAUCGUGUGGGUGUUGUGUUCAACCCCACAACAACAACGAAGGGUAAUAAGGUGUUUCUUCUUGCGGGAAGCUAUGACAUGCUCAAUGAAAGUGAUGGGAAUUGGAAACGGGACAGCCUGGAUCUGAAACUGGUUGUGGGUGAUGUCACGAAGCCUACGGCGAGCGAGCCGAGUGGAUGGAUCACGUGGGGCACACCCACAUCAUUAAGCCAGACUACUUUAAAGACACCCAGUGCUGGAUUGAAGGAUUUUGCUUCUUCUGGUGUCUCAGGUGUUGUGAUGGAGGAUGGCACGCUUGUGUUUCCUCUGAUGGCGUUUAAUACAGAAAAUGUCGGUUUCUCCAUGAUUAUUUACUCGAAGGACGACGGCAGUGCCUGGGCGCUCUCAACGGGCGUUUCCUCUGCGAAAUGCCUUAAACCCCGCAUCACCGAGUGGGAGGGAUCACUUCUCAUGAUUGUUGACUGCGAGAGCAGCCAGAGGGUGUACGAGUCGCGUGACGUGGGGGCAACGUGGACGGAGGCAGUCGGGACACUUCCAGGCGUGUGGACCAAGUCAAAACCAGAAGUCUCUCCGGAUGUAAGCCUGCAUGUGGAGGCCCUCAUCACCGCGACCAUUGAGGGAAGGGAGGUCAUGCUGUACAUCCAGAGAGGGUACGCCUCGGGGGAAAAAAGGGCCACUGCGCUCUACCUUUGGGUGACGGACAACAACCGCUCGUUUUCUGUUGGACCGGUUGCCGUGGAGGAGGCUGAGAAGUGGGAGUUCGCCAGCGCCCUGCUGUACUCGGAUGGCAGUUUGCAUCUUUUACAACGGAGGGACAACGAUAAAGGCCGUGUCAUUUCACUCUCCCGCCUGACGGAGGAGCUGAAGACGAUCAAGUCCACCCUCAGCACUUGGGCGCAGCUUGACGCCUCCUUCUCCGCUUCUUCCACACCCACGGUGGGUCUGGUUGGACUCCUGUCCAAUGCGGCUAGCGGUGACACGUGGAUCGACGAUUACCAUUCCGUGAAUGCAACGGUGAGGAAUGCGGUGAAGGUCCAUGACGGGUUCAAAUUCACGGGGUUUGGGUCUGGGGCGAUAUGGCCUGUGAACCAUCGGGAGAGCAAUGGGCCGCACAGCUUUGUGAAUUACAAUUUUACUCUUGUGGCGACGGUGAUCGUCCACAAAGUUCCGAAGAACAGCACUACUUUGCUGGGCGCGGUGCUGGCCGAACCCAUCAGCACGCUCUUCAUUGGGCUGUCGUACGGCACGGACGGUACGUGGGAGACAGUGUUCAACGGCGAGACAACGAAAUCAGGAAGCACUUGGAGGCCGGGGAAAGAACACCAGGUGGCGAUCAUGCUGCAGGACGGCAACAAGGGCUCAGUGUACGUGGAUGGUGCGAGUGUGGGGAGCUUGGCGACGUUACCGACACCUGAGGUGCGGGGGGCUGAAAUCGCGGACUUUUACUUUGUGGGCGGUGAAGACGAGGAAGAUAAGAAGAGCAGCAGUGUGACGGUGAAGAACGUCUUCUUGUACAACCGCCCACUGGGUGUUGAUGAACUAAGAAUGGUCAAAAAAAGUGACGGCUCCAUGCAUGGGGGCGUGUCUCGGGCGCUGCUGCUGCUGGGGAUGUGGGGCAUUGCGGCCCUUUACUGA